AUGUUCUUGAAGUAUGAUCCAGACACCGACCUACUCAAGCUGGACCUCGAGCAAAUUCCAGUCUUUCUUCAUAUUCGACUAGCACAAUUAGUGCUAGAAAGCCUUAAUUGUUUCAUAGUUGUAGCACGGUAUGGAUCUGAAGAAUUGAAGAGCCAGAUGUAUCAACUAGACCCCAACUUAGUUUUAGAAUGGCGAACAAACUUUGCUGAAAUUCUUGAACUAAGAAAAGCCGUUCAAGUGUAUGAGGAGAAGUCUAAUGCAUUUGGUCUAUCGAGGGUGCUAUGGAAUAAACAAAGUGAUCUGACACCCAGAUCUGUCGAUGUGGAUACAGUAAAUUUCUUUGAUGUACCCAGCCAAUAUCCUUCAAUUCCGUCAAUAAACGCAAGUCUUGACAGGGCCGACCGGAGUCACAAAGGAGACAUUGUUGAAAAGAUAGUAGAUGGCACUUUAUUCGGAACCUUGCGGGAAGCGAGGGACGAUGAAUUGCCCAUUGAAAUGGUUGCACAGUUGAGCUUCGCACCUAUAAUCCGUACACAAUGGAAAUUAGCCAACAAACUUGUUAUGCGUAUUUUUAAAGGAGAACAGGAUAUCGUUGACCAUGCCAGACUAAUAGAGCAGACAUAUUUUCUGGCUAAUGGAGAACUUGCGAUAAGGCUCGAAGAAAGAAUCUUCGGCACAACAACACAAGGGGGUCUGGCACUAGAUGCUCAGCACUUUGGGAUGGAGAUAUCUGGGUCUUGGCAGCCAACAUCGCUUGAAAUAAAUAGCUGUUUAUCGGGGGUGCUAGAGGAUGUUAUAAGAAAGUUGCCAGGGGUUUGUAACGAGGUACGCCAAGCGGGAUUUAUUAAUUUUGGGUUUUCUGAGAAAAAUCGACAGCAAUCUAAUCUUUUUGCUACGUCGGUACUUAAGUUGACUUACCGCGUGCCAAAGCCUCUUUCGCUUAUCUUUAAUUCAAAGGCCAUUUAUUAUCUGGAUAAGAUAUUCCAACGACUGAUAAUGGGAUUACGAUUAACUCAUUGGCUAAAGAUGAAGCGUCACGGGGUCUAUUGUGUUCAGAACCAACAACUACGUAACUUUAUUUCGUGCUCCUUAAGUUCUAUAAACUUGGCCAUAAGAAACAUUUGGGAAGCUCUUAUAAACAAGCUGGUGGUAAUGAAUGUUGAAGAAGAAACUUCACUAGAACAAGUGAUUUCCGAAGUCACCACAGCACUUGAUCGAAUUUUCACCAAUAUGAUCUCAGGCCCUGAAGAAGAACUUCUUUUCUCCAUAUACUCCGUUGUUUUCGAGCCGACGACUGACGAUGAUAAACUUCGAAAGUUGAUAGUCCAGCUUAUCAGUCAACUCCAGAAGCAAACGAUCCAGGCUAAUACUGAUGCGCUUAUAUUUACCCGUAUAUUUACCGAUCAGCUACAGUUCAGUGGGUUCUACGAAAGAAACGACUGA